AUUUGAGUGUUUGUUAUGAAAAAGAAACAUGACAAAAUGUAGUUAUUGCUCUACUGUCAAGGCUAAGAUGUUCAUAAAAUCCACCGGAACCUUAACAUUUAAUGAUUUUAUAAACCAGUGACAGUUUAGACAUCUCAUUGUGUUAAAAACCAGAACAAUACUGUGUUUUUAUCACCAAAUACUUUAACAGUGAUUACGAACCAAUAAAAGAAAGAAAAUGAACUUUGGAACUGCAAUUGGCAUCUAUGAAUAAAACACAGCCACAUUUCUUUACCCCCUGUAUUUCCAAAAUUCAAUCACAACACAGAGCUUAUCUUUACUGUAAGUCUACAGCGGUCCUUUUUCUCCCUCUGCUGUGCAAAGCUAUGUUCACAAGUAGCCAGACAGGCUUCACUUCCAAACAAAUUAUGAUACACAUGUCUCUGGACUGGGAACAUUCUCCAUGGAAAAUGUGUUUGGGCAUCUUUUGAAUGUAACAUUUUACUCCUUUGGUGAGUCUGAUGUGAUCAGCAAUCUGAUAGACAAACAUUUCACAACAUUUGUAUGUUACAAGAACCUGGAAACUGCUGAUGAUGGCACAGUCUCUAUGAUAAAGUCACUGUAAAUUGUGUGGGGUGGAUAGCACACUCUCAGCACAUGUGCAGCACAGUUGAUGUGACAUCUGACUAAUUAUACACUGAUGCCUGAAGACCCAAAACUGUAGAGGAUAAAAAUUUGUAAUUCAAGCUGAGAGAAGAUUAAGAGAUUGAAAUGUUCAAAGCAAGAUUUAAGACAAAAAUAAAAAUGUGCAACACCAAUUUUAGUAACAGGACAGGAAUGGACCUGCAUGAAAAGAGACACUAGUGAAAAUAAUCAGUAUAUCUUUUUACUUGCAGCUCCUUGUUUUUCCACUACUGUGAACUCCCUCCAGCCCCUCUGGGAAAACGAUGACAGCUGCUGCCUGUUCAGUAACAGCUACCGUAAUUGUACCAUGGCACUGUUUCCAAUGGGGACACCAGAGUUAAUUCCUGUUUGAAUGCAGAAACAGUUUGGUUUGGGCGCAGCCAGGCAUGAAACACUUUGAAUCAGUUACAUUUUAAUUGGCCUUGCCCCAUGGGGGACUGAUGUGUGUUAUUGAGUUUGUGGGUGCUGAUUCCAUGCAGUCAGCCGGUAGCACAUGAUCGCAGGACACCAAAGUGUUCAGUUCUCUUCUUAUUGGAGCUGCCUGUGCAGUGUACUGAUAUCUCUCACCUUCAUCUGUGAGGCUUUAAAUAGCUGGCAAAAUAUAUUUCAUGUCUCCAGAGAAUGUGAUUGGGUUUUCACUUUAGGACUGUUGCUCAAAAAUUGUGCUGUUUUUCAUCCAGAAUGGAAAACCUCACGCCAGAACAAUGGCGCGAGAUUAUGAACAAGAAGAUGCAGUUCCCGCCGGAGCUCAUCAGUGCUAUUCAGGAAGGGAAAAUAGAACUGGUGUGUGGGCUGUUGAAGACUGGCGAUGGCAUCAUCCGCCAGCUGGAUGACUCAGAGGAUCGCCUAUGGAGGGAGGCCCUCAACUUGUCCAUCCGCCUGGGCAACGAGGAUGUCAUGGAUUCCCUCCUACAGGGGGUCAAGUUUGACUUCCGGCAGAUUCACGAGGCCCUGCUGGUUGCCGUAGACACCAACCAACCUCCAGUGGUGAAGCGCCUGCUGGACCGCCUGGACCAGGAGAAAGGCAACAAGAUGGACGUGCGCUCUUUCUCUCAGGCCAUCUUUGACCACUCUAUUGACAACUCCCAGUUUGCCCCUGGUGUGACUCCUCUGACCUUAGCCUGCCAGAAAGACCUGUAUGAUAUAGUCACCAUGCUCACCCAAAAAGGUCACGGCAUCCCAUGGCCACACAAGAUAUCCUGUGCCUGUUUGGAGUGCCGCAACGGCCGGCAGUAUGACCUGUUGAAGUUCUCCUUGUCUCGCAUCAACACCUACCGUGGCAUUGCCAGCCGUGCCUACCUGUCCAUCACCUCUGACGACGCCAUGCUCAGUGCUUUCAGCCUCAGCAAAGAGCUCCGCAAGCUCUCACAAAAAGAGCCAGAGUUCAAGCCUCAGUACCUGGGCCUUGAGGAGCUUUGUCAGGAGUUUGCCGUUGAGUUGCUGGGCAUGUGUCGCAACCAGAGCGAGGUGACCACCAUUCUGAACAGCUGUGGAGAUGAGAGCCAGGACUCCUUAGACCAGCAGGCCUUUGAGGAGGGAAUACCCAACCUGUCGCGUCUGCGUCUCGCUGUCAACUACAACCAGAAGCAGUUUGUGGCCCAUCCAAUCUGCCAGCAGGUGCUGUCAUCGAUCUGGUGUGGGAGCUUGUCUGGCUGGAGAGGUAGCAGGACAGCCUGGAAGCUGUUUGUCUCUGUUGGGAUCUUCCUCACCAUGCCCAUCCUCUGCCUCGUGUACUGGAUCGCACCAAAGUCAAAGGUAGGAAAGAUACUAAAGAUACCUGUGAUCAAGUUUCUCCUUCACUCAGCUUCCUACCUGUGGUUCCUCAUCACAUUACUCGGAGAAUCGAUAACCAUGGAGAUGUAUCGAGACAAAUUUGCUUCAAGGCAGCAGAACAUCCUGCACAGCUCCUUCCACAUGGUGUGGGUGGUCGGAUUCUUCUGGUAUGAGUGUAAGGAAGUGUGGCUUGAGGGGCUGCGGAGUUACUUCCUCGACUGGUGGAACUGCUUGGACAUGAUGGUUCUCAGCAUGUACCUGGCGUCCUUUGCGUUACGUGUGCUCAUCAUGCUCAAAGGUUACUUCCUCUGCCAUGAUGUUAACAGCACAGAGGAGUGUGUCUACUUUACCCAGACUGUACGUGGGGACUGGCAUCAGGAGGACCCUCAGCUGAUUGCAGAGGUGCUGUUUGCAGUGACCAGCAUGUUGAGCUUCACACGGCUGGCGUACAUCCUACCAGCCCAUGAGUCUCUGGGAACUCUGCAAAUCUCCAUAGGGAAGAUGAUUGAUGAUAUGAUGAGAUUCAUGUUUAUACUGAUGAUCAUUGGAACGGCCUUCCUCUGUGGCAUCAACAAUGUCUAUGUUCCUUACGUCAUCUCUCCACAUCUUGGCAGGUUUAAUGAGACGUUCCACUUCCUGUUCUGGACCAUGUUUGGCGUGGCCAACCAGGACUACGUGGAUAUGCCGCAGUUUGUGUUAGCAGAGUUCGUUGGAAGGAUUCUGUAUGGCAUCUUCACACUCGUCAUUGUGAUCGUCCUUCUCAACAUGCUCAUUGCUAUGAUCACCAACUCUUUUCAGAAAAUUGAGGAUGAUGCAGAUGUAGAGUGGAAAUUUGCCCGGUCAAAGCUGUAUCUCAGUUACUUCAGAGAGGGUCUCACCAUGCCUGUGCCCUUCAACAUCAUCCCCUCACCCAAAGCCAUCUUUUACAUCCUACGGGGUACCUUUAGACGAAUCUGCUGCUGCUGCAGUUGUAAUUCUAAGACAAAAUACCCUACCAUAACCUCUAUGUCCAGCGAAAAGGGAUCUAAAGAGAGCCAGUUACCUUACCGGCAGCAGGUGAUCAGGGCUCUGGUGCAGCGCUACAUUGAGUCCGCUCGCAGGGAGUUCAAGGAGACCAAGAGGAAAGAUAUCGGUAAUCGGAUCACUGAGCUGAGCAAAGCGAUGUGCAGGAUGCACAAUGAUAUGAAGUUAGUCCAUCAGUAUCUGCUGGAGGAGGGACACCCUGCAGGCGAUGCACUGAUGAAGGACAGCUCCUCUUUUCUGGGGAAAUACAUCAUCGGUGCCAAGAACAAUUUCAGAGGUUUUAAUGGCAGACAAGAUGACAAAAACAUGUCGCUUAAAGUGACAGUGCAUCACGGAGAGGAAGAGGAGGAUAAAGAAAAGGUUGACUUGGAUACAAAGCAGGAGUCAGACACACAGCAGAAUCAGGUGGGCGAACAUGGAGCAGAGGGAUCAAGGCAGGUAACCGACUGUGAUGUGGUGAAGAUGGAGGAAGGCAGAGCUAAAGUAGAGCAAGGAGAUGAGAAGGCAACAGAGGAAAAAGAACAGGCGGAGUCAGACAAAAAUGAAAAUAGUGACAAUGAAGUGAAUGGGGAGAUGGCAACAGGCACAAGUUUUAAUAAUGUAGAAGAAAAGGUAGAAGCCGAGGGCACACAAGAUGAGGCAGAAAAAAGAAGAGAAGGAGAGGCACUCACAGGAGAGAAGGUGGAUGAAAAACACAAAGACACGAGCCCCGAACAAGCUGAAAGCAUCGAAGUCAACAAUGAACAGACAGACACAAAGAAAGUAAUGAACAAGUUCAAAGACAUAGAGCUGCAAGAGAAAAAAGUGGAAGCAAGGUGGGUGAAAGGUAGGAAGUUCGAGCGUAAUGUAGCAGAGAGGUCAAGGGUCAAGGAGAGCAAUGAGACACCUGGAACCAAGAAAAUUAUUCCCUCACCGACAGGUAGCAGCAGCUCCCAGGACACGGGCUUUGGUUCCCAAGAAGGGGAGGGAUCGAUUGAUGGGAUCCUAGUGAGACCGUAAACUUAGUGACUCUUUAAGGACCACACCUGUUUCAUUGUCAAGCCCUUUGGUCACCUUAUCCAACAUCUGAUAAGAGGAUUUGUGUUGAGGCUGCACAAGGAAUCAUUGGCAAUUUGGAGUUGCAGCUUCAGAUUUUUGACCCUGUCACUUGAUCCAUCCAAAGCUUUGGUAUAAAGAUACAUAUAUCUACAGCUACAGGCCAGAUUACAAUGAAAUCUGCUAUAGCUUUGUGAUUUUUUUGACCUCUUGUCUAAAAUUUCUCCAUGACCAACACAAGGUCUGUGACAAGGUAUCUUGAAAACAAAGGGUCAGCAAGUAAGAUGUCAGUUUGUACACAGGAUAUUUCUCUAAUUAGCCUAUUGCCAUGAGAUUUGCUGAGGACAUUUAUACUCACAGGAGAUGUGAUUAUAAUAACCCACCCACAGACUGUAGUUCUGACAAAAACACUUUCAUGUUGUGAGAUAAUAAUGAAUAUUGCAGCAUCUUGGGGAUUCUUGCACGGCUUUUAGGUUAGUUCACAGUUUUAAAAAAAAAUCUUGACUUGAAUCAAUGAAACUGUAAGAAACGUUCAUGUAGUGUAGCCAAUCAGGCUAAUUCUACCAAAAUCGUGUGUUCUUCUGACACAGAAAACCACAUAUUUCUUAAUUAUUUACAUCACGUGCUGGAGAAAGAGCAAUUUAACCGAGACAGAGAUCAUGUAGUUGCCAAUCCUCUCAUCACAUGUUAAGAAGGGAUCAGUUUACCAUAAAAAACAAUUCACACUGGUACACAUUGAUAAGCAUCGGUUGCAGUAAAGUAGGGUUACAGUACCAUUAGAAAAUACACCAAUUAGACCACUUAAAAAAAAAGAUAGAACAGAGUGUUUCUUUGGUCGGUUGACUGAAUGCAAUUGUAUCACAAGCAGGUUUCACUGUUCAUUUGUGCUGACUGUCCCUUUCUUCACUGUCAUUUUCCAAAGUGUACUGUUCCAUAGCAUGUAGCCCCUAUAGGGCGCUCUCAUUUUCCAUGUAUCAAAAUAGCCAUGUGUUCAAUUACAGUAAGCUUUUGCACAA